AUGGCGACCAAGUCCAACUUUAAGCGGGCGGUGCCCCCGACGCAGCAGUCUGUCCUUGCAUCGCUGAAGACCACGCAGUUGGUGCACGAUUCCAAAGCUGUAUUGCCAGCCGAGCUCAUCAAUGCCAUCCUCGACUACCUACCCGUCGCCGACAUGUUCAGCUUCGCGCGCACCUCGAGACGCAUGCGCGAGAUGGUAUACGACGAUACCAGGUGGAUUCAACGACUUCGGAGCAUGGGCUGCUGGAAUGAAGCCGAAGCCAAGCAAAGAUUCGAGGAAUCCAUGCGGAAAAAGCUCGAGGCACAAAAAGCGGAGGAGGCCCGGAGGUCUGGCGUUGCACUCAAUGGCAGCACCAACGGGAUGCCACCAGGGGACGACAUACCUGGCAAGACAAGCAUGACGCUGUUCGAUGCCACCAUAGAGGAGGAUAUGCUGCGGAAGUCUCAAGAACACCGAAGUAGACCCCGCGCUACCACGCUGGACAAGGGCUUCAACGACAUGACAUUGUCACCUUCCGGGACGUUGGCACAAAGCUCGUACGCGGUGGAUCCACAGGCGGCUGUCAAGGUCCUUGCGAAUGUACGCUCGAUUCGAGGCAUGGCGCGGCAGGAGUACGGCAAAGUCUACGGAGCGCUGGCCCCGUUCUACUACGACUUGGAGAGGUCAAGAAGUCAUACAGACCCUAUUCUAUUUCGGACCUACCGCGAUCCCGAGCAACAGGCUCAGAUGCUGGCGCAGCUUAAGAUAUUUGCAAAAAGUGAUUACGCGCAAGGUUGGAGCCAGCGCGAGGAGAAACUAGACACAAUGACUGGCAUCUUCGAGAACGCUGUACUCCGCGAGUUUGAGCAAGGCUAUGCUGAGAAAGACUUUGACGGACGUAUGAAGAGAUUCGCUACCGUCCUCGUCGCUCUAAACGGCGGCGCGGCAUGUUUGGACUCUUUUAUACACAAUCACCCUUUGAUGUUGGAGAAAGAGAAGCUCGGUGACCCUGCAGAUUGCCUACGCAACGAAGUGCUGACACUGGAACCAUCCCACGAGUUUUUCAGAGGAUUGGCCAGUGCGCUCAACGAAGAAGCAGACAUUAUCGAUCGUGUCUUUCCCCCCACUGUCGACGUGCUACAAACCUUCUUUGAGCGCGUUGCGGAUGACGUCAUCGCCGAAUAUCUCACGACUUUGUUCGACGAGGCCCACGAUGUAAGCAUCGAAGCAUAUCUGAAAGCAGUUGCGGGACUCUAUGAGCAAGCACUGCAACUUGCAGUCUCGUUACAUCCUACCAAUGCAUCGAAGCCCGAUUUCCGCGACGAGGCCAUGCGCAUCGUGUCUCGUUGCUUUGAGCAACACAUCGACCUUUACCUACAAGAGGAAUUAGAUUACUUCAAGCGAAAGUCAGCUGCAGAGGUUGACCUGUGGGAGAAGCGUUUGAUGGAAGAAGAGCAGAGCACCGAAACUUUAUACAUGGCCAAUGUCAACAGGAAGGCUGUUAAACAAGACUUUCUAUCAUCCUUCAAGAAGGUGGUCAUGAUGCCUGUCAAUGUACUCCCAGCUAUUGGCGGCUCCAGUGCUAGCAAGCCCAACGAAAGCGCGACUGGCAUGAACGGUACUAAUACUUUGGACCCUACCUCAAGACUCGGCACUCCUCUCUCUGGCGAACGUUCGCCUACACCACGAAUCGAAGCCCCAACCACUGAACUUGCCGCCAAAGCAGCAAUCAUGAACUCGCGUUUAGAGGGCAUCAGGUCGCUGUUUAGCAUCGAAGUGGCGCUGAACCUGACACACAUGGCCAAGUCUGGUUUGGAAAGAGCCGCGCGGUUUGUUAGACUUGGUGGCCAGUCUGGUGAAGAGGCGAAGGAACAGUCUGAGCAGAUCUUCAUCAACCUAGUCCAGAUUCUCGGCAACCGCCAUAUGAAAUUGGGAUUCGACAAGGCUGUCAGUCAUUUGGCUGACUACAAGCCGCGAGAAGUCGCGGAUCAUAGUAAAGAGGGCGUUGCGCCACUGGUAGCCUUUUUGGAGCUGGUCAACGUUGGCGACUUGAUACAACAGAUGGUUGAGGUGUUCUAUCUCCAGGAGCUUGUGGCUGCCAAUCUUACCGACCGCGACGAUUUCCUAAGCCUUGCCGCAAAGGAGAAGAAGCGUUUUGAGGCCAUGUUGGAUGAACGCGUCGCCGCAGGUCUCAACAAAGGUAUCGAUGUGCUGAUGGACGAAGUGGAGUAUCUCUGCGGCACUACACAACAUCCAUCCGACUUCAACCCUCCCGUUGGGCCCAACGGGCAGGUGCAGAUGUCCGACAUUGGACCUAGCCAAACGGCAACGAAGAUUGUCGAAGUCGUCUCGUCGCAUACAAACAUGCUCAUCGGCAGCACGGACAAAAACGUCCUAGAUGUCUUCAACCAGGAAGUUGGCGUGCGCUUGUUCACUGCUCUCUGCAAGCACUUAAAACGUCAGAGGAUCAGUGUGGAUGGCGCCAUCAAACUCAUCAGUGACAUGAAUGCAUACAACGCUUACAUUGUAUCGCUGCGCAACAAGCCCCUUAUGCAGUACUUCGCCGCGCUUCGCGAACUCUCUCAGAUAUAUCUCAUCGACGCAAAGGAAGCGAAAGAGAUUGCUACCAUCAUUGCCGACACAGAUAGAUAUCACGGCAUAUUCCGAGCAGAAGAAGUGUAUGAGUUCGCGGAGAGACGAGCGGAUUGGUAUCAAAUUAAGAGUGCGGUGGAAAAGCAAAUGUAUGGAGUAGGAUGUCUGGUCAUGUGA